AUGGAUUGUUCUGUAGGAGCACGCGACGGGUGCAAGCGCCUAUGGGUCAUUGUGCUGUUGGGCGUUUACUCUCUGGUUAUGACGAUCCUGGUAAUGGUAAUCGCAGACGCGUGUAGCGUCCAGGUUUCUACGCCACUCGGUGGCGACCCGAACGGCUUCGUGCCAGCUGGGGUGGGCGCGCCAAUGCACUGGAAGACGUUUGUGCGCAAUGACAGCAAUCCUUACCACAUUCCCGACGACGUGUUCACGGACCAGACCAAGACAAGAAAGACUGUUGACAGACUGAUACAGAUACAUUCAUCGGCGGUCCGUAUCAACGGCCGUCACGCCCGCUGGGUCCACGAUGACGGCAGUGUGUCCACCUUGCCAGCAACUUUCACGCCUCCCAGUAUGGGUCAGGAACAAGUUUACUUUCUUCGGGGCCUAUAUCAGAUGCGCUGUAUAGCUGUCUUACUGCAGGCCUACGGCGACAGCAUCCACGGCCGAAACACGUCGGUAGCCGUCACCGCUGAGACCGAGACUGAUGGAGAGGACAACCAAGAUGUCUGGCACUGGCCCCCGGAGCACGUGGCGUACUGCCUCAACGUCUUGGCGGACGGUGUCCAGUGCACGGCCGACGCAACGCCGCUCUCAUUCGUCAACGGUUUUGGUUCCGGUCGCUUGACAGACGGCCAACAGACGUGGUGUCGUGACUGGGACGACCUACGUGGGUGGGCAGCGAACGAGAAGCGCAGCGUGCCCACGGCCCAGGGAGGUUCUGCGCUCAAAGGGCCGUUUGGCCAGCUGUGGCGAACAGUCUUGCCUUGA